AUGUUACGCUCUUUCCUUCUAUCAUUCGUCUUACUACUAUGGACAAGAUUGCAUCAUGCUCAUGCGGCUUUGAAGAAUAAUAAUCUGUCAGAAUCUACCAUGAACAAAAUUCAGUCGGGCAAACCACUCACUCGAAAAGAACAAAAGGAAGUCGAACAAGCGGAACUAGAAAAGUACCAGGAACUGCGCCGACAGGGAUACGACGAAGUCAGCAAUACAAAAGAAUCCACAGCCCUCCGCAAUUAUAGAUUGCGAAAACGCAAACGAAUUGGACUCUUUUUUCACAAGAAACGUCAAGCCAGCUUGUCGCAAGUCAUCUUUCCUGGCAGCACACCCACCAACUACAAUUCUUCUUUAUUUGCCGUGAGCAAUUUGAUAUUGUCGAGAAGGAGCUUAGAAGCCUAUGAUAUAUCCAUGCAUCCUGCCUUUCAAGGCCUCCGACAUGCGCCCUUCAAAGACACCAAUUUGGGUGCCAAAUUGGAAGGUUACUCGGAAGCCUACAAGAGACUGGACAUGAUUGAGUUCAAUGUCAAGCAAGAUGUGCCGUGUACUGUUGUGGCUACCACAGAAUUGCCCGUUCAGAAAAUAAAGUUUUUGCGGCAGCUUGUACAAAAAAGAUAUCGCAUGCAUUUGUCGCUAGAUAAGUUGCCAAUGUUGAUGCGAAGCCGGGAAUUGAAUUAUGCCGUCAAGGGAAUGCCGGUUGGUUUUGAAGCGCCGCAACAAUAUGCUAUAAAUCGCUAUCCAGAAAAUCUAUUCUUGUACAAUCAUUGGAGGUUUACCGUGACCUAUCACGAGGAUCCCUCCUUGUUUGAAGGCGUCCGCAUUACGGGGUUUGACGUUCAUCCCGUUUCGAUUGCCCACAAUCUACCAGAAUCAUGUUCUGGAAAUCAAGUCGAGAAUAAUCCCGACACCUACUUGAGUUUGCCCGAUUCGGGCACACCCAAAACUGUGACCUUUUCCUACCAAAUUGAUUGGGUACAAAGCGAAUUGAUAUGGGACGAUCGAUGGGAUGUCUACUUUUUGGGAUUGCCGGAUGUGGCCAUUCAUUACUAUAGCAUGCUCAACUCGGUGAUUUGCAUGGUCGUACUAGCGGCUGUCAUUGCGACGGCAUUGAUUCGGGUCUUUCGCAAGGAUUUGGCAGGAGGGACCAAGAAAGACAAUGGGUGGAAGCACCUCAGGGGAGACGUCUUUCGGAAACCAGAAUCACCCAUGCUGCUUUCCAUCAUGGUGGGAAAUGGGGCGCAUAUUCUUGUGGCUUCUUUGAUAACCAUGAUUUUGAAUAUCUGUCAUGUCAUCAAUACCAUGGUGACAGGAGAUGCUUUGACGGGAUUUGUGUUUGUCUACGCCUUAACAAGCAGUCUUGGUGGGUACGUUAGUGCUCGCUUGUACAAACUCUGCGGUGGACAAAAUUUAAAAAGAAAUGCCCUUUUGACAUCGACGGUACUCUCGGGAAGCAUGGUGCUAGUCUUUUGUCUCUUUAACAUGGCAUCGGAUGCAAUUGGAUCCAGUUGUUCCGAUAGUCUCAGCGUGGCGGAAUUGAUUCUAUUGUGGGGUUGCAUUUCAGUCAAUCUCUGCUAUUUGGGUGCACAAUUGGGCGAGAGGGCUCCCUGCAUUGAAAUGCCUGCCAAUGCGGAAACCAACGAUACUGUCCGGCCCAUUCCAAAUUCCCGAUGGAUGAAAUACAAGAAACUCAGUGUCUUGAUUUGUGGAAUGAUUUGCUUUGGCGUGCUCUAUGUGGAAUUGCAUUUCCUAAUGACGGCCAUUUGGUUGAAUGUGACGUAUCUCGGAUUGGGAUACAUGUUGACCGUAACUUUGAUGGUAACAGUCAUAUGUGCCGAAUGCACCCUUUGCGUGUGCUACUAUCAGCUCAAUUCGGAAGAUCAUGAAUGGUGGUGGACAGCCUUUUGGAAUGGUGCUUCGGUAGGUGGUUACAUUGGAUUAUUUGCCUUGAAUUACCGAUUCCAAUCGCUGGAAUUGGUUGGGUUCUACUCCAACUUGGCCUAUUUUACCUGCAUGUUCCUUGCAACAGUUUGCAUUGGGAUGGUUUGUGGGUCCAUUGGAUUCCUGUCGUGCCUGUGGUUCACGAGAACCAUGUACAGCGCCAUUAAUUCGGAUGAUACUGUUGAUGAGGACGACGAAGAGAUCUCGCUUUUAAAGGACCCUUCUUCCGAGUAUUCAGAUGAUUCUACUACCGAUGCCGAUGACUCGCAGUGA